GGCAAAGAAAAAAAAAGUGCAUCUUGUAAAAAUCUCGUGAAAAAUAAAUUGUAAAAAAGCCGGCAAAGUUUUAAUUCACAUUUGAAGGAAAAGUAAUUCAACUACAACCAUGGAUCUCAGUGGUCCACAAUCAUUGAGUACUGUUCUUAAAGAGGAGGAACUUAAAUUGGUGCCAGAAGCUAUACAAAAGAAAUUGGCAGCCUAUAUAGAAAAAUUCUCAGACGAAUAUUGCAAGGAAAGAGCGGCGGCUCAUCGUCAAGCUGAAGCUGAACAAAAGGCUGAAGAUCUACAAAACCGCAUUGAUGACUAUUUGGUUAAAUUUACGAAUUUCGAGCAAAAUGUCCAGGAAUUGCGCACACAACUGGAUCAAGUAUCCGCCGAGCGUGCCCAGCUCUUGGAGAGGGUCAACAGCUAUGAUCAGAGUGUGUCCGACAUAAGGAAGGAUAAAAAUUCAAUUGUCGAGGAACGCGAUUCUCUGAUGAAGGUGAUCGAGCGACAGAAUGCAGAAUUGGAGCGUUUGAAACAGGAUGUCCAUAUGUAUCAGAAUCAAUUAAGCAAUGCCAUUGCAGCCAAAUGUGAGGCAAUUGCCCGAGUUGAUGAGAUACAGAGCAAGGAAGUUGCCCUGGACAUUAAGGAGCGGCGUCUGGAGAGCGAGCGUGCCAUGCUGCAGCAGGAGAUUCAAUUGGUAACUGGUGAUCUUAAUCGAACUUCAGCCGAAGUGCAGAACAUUCGUCGUGAGAACUCCAUCAGCACUUUGCAUCUGGAGGCCCGCCUUAAGGAGAAGACCGAUGAGGUUCAAUUGCUUCAGACACAAAAUGCUCAAUCCAACAAGACCAUUGAGGAUCUAAAUCGCAAGAUUGAAGGACUAAAUGAUACAAUAUAUCAGCAUAACAUGGCUACCGAAAAAUAUGUCGACACACUGAAGAAAGAGCUGGAUGCUAAAGAGAAGCUGGUGGAAAUUUACAAGAGCACGGAUGGCGAGAAUGUGGCCGAACGGAAUGAACUGCUCCAGGGCAUUUCGGAUAUGAAACGCAUGCUAAAUGAAGCCACCGAGGAAUAUGGACGAUUGGAGAACGAUAUGCUAGCCAUAAAAGAGAAACAUGGUCAAGAAGUGACCGAACUGAACAAGACAAUUGAUUCCCUCAGGCACGAGAUUCUACAUGCCAAUGACUUGCUUAAACAGUCGCAGGAACAGACCCUGGAGAAUGCCAUUUGCAAACUGGCUCCCAGUGCUGCGGUUGCCAGCCGCUUGCUGAAAUCGGAUCUCUCUCUAACCGAACUUUAUUCCAUGUACGCCAAGUCCCAAGAAGAUCUGGAACUUAAGAAUCGUGAAACUGCUCAACUGAAGCUGCAAAUGAAAUCUAUUCUAGAGGAGAUCAGUGAGAAUGUUCCAAGGUUUGAGAAGCAGACCGAAAACCUACACAAAUUGAGUGAAACGAAUGAUGUACUCAUCCAGCAACGCGACGAACUGAUGGAGAGUAAACUUUCCUUGGAUCAUGAACUGGAGAAAACUCGUUUUAAUCUGAACAAUUAUGCCAGAGAGAAUAGAAAGCUAAAGCAAACCCAAAGCGAUCUAAGUCGGCAAGUCUGCAUGCUCCUGGAUGAGGUGAAUUGUCUAAGGGCCGGAGUGACGCGUAAACGUCAAGAGGAUCAUGGCGUAUCUGGCGAUGAAAUAUCCAGUCAAGGUCUAAUCAACAAAAAUUUGGUCACUUUCGAAUCCAUUGCCGAAAUGCAGGAAAAUAAUGCCAAAUUGUUGGCUCUGGUACGUGAAUUGACUACCAGCCUGGAGGAAUAUGAGGAGAACAAUGACAAAUUGGCACUGCAACAGACGGAGGAGAAAUUAAAGAAAGCCACUGAACGUUUCGCCGAUAUGGAGGAGGUACUUGCCCAGAAAAAUCAAACCGUCCAAACGCUAUUGGCCAAAUGUGAGCGUUACAAGAAAUUCUUCUUUGAGGCCCAAAAGAAAUUGGGUAAAAAGACACCCAUCGAUCUGGAUGAUUCAAAUGCAGAGAUUAAUGACUCACUCUUCGAUACAUCAGCCAAUGCCAAUGCCGAAAGAACUAUCAGUCAAGAGGAAAGCGAAAAACUUGAACGUCGCAUACGCCAAUUGCAGGAACAGGUCGAGGAUGAGGCCAAGAAAUAUGCCUCACUCAAAGAGAAUUAUGAUUACUAUACCAGCGAAAAGCGUAAAAAUGAUGCACUGGCUCAGGAUCAAUUCGAUGCCAUGCGUAAGGAAGUACGCGAAUUGACAUCGGCCAAUUGCAAGUUGCUCAAUGCCUCUGAAUUCCAGAAGGAGCAAAUCGAAAUGCUGCACAAGAAUACAGAAACCUAUAAGCAGCAAAUCAAUGCUCUAGAAGAUCGUACCAAAAACUAUGAGAAAACCAUAAUUAAGCAUGAGCAGACAGUCCAUAUGCUGAAGGAUGAGGUAAUGUCGGCUCAUCGUAAACAGGCAGCAGCCGAUGCAGAGGCCCACAAUUUGCGUCACGAGAACCGUGUCCUGAAGGACACCGCAUCCCGGCUGCAAAUCGAAAGGGAAGGCUAUUACCGUGAACAUCAGAGUCAAUCUCUGUUGCUGAAUAACCUGGAGUAUAUCAAGUCGAAUUUGGAGCGCUCCGAGGCAGAGGGUCGUCUGCGGGUGGAGCAACGUCUGGAUGAUACACUCAGGGAAUUGGCCGCCCAACGUCGGCAUUUCCAGGAGGAAGAGGAGAAAUUCCGUGAGACCGUUAACGAACUGAAACGUCAAACCGAGACGGCCAUCAAACUAAAGGAGGAGGAGAAGCAACAGGCUGAGAAAUGGCAAGCCGAAUUGGUAACUGUUCGCGAGGAAUUAGCUCAAAAGAUUGAACAACUGAAUGAGUUGAGCAAAAAACUGCAAGAAAGUCUCACUCCCUCCAUCAAUGAGAAUCCCAUCACAGCGGCCAAUAAAAAGGCACGCGAAUUUGAAUUGAAAUUCGAACAGGCCAAGGUGGAAAUUGAAUCGCUUACCAAGGAAGUGGCCAAGGCCCGUGAACAUGGCCAGCAAUUUUACAAGAUGUCUCAGACAGGAGAAUCAGAAAUCAAACGCCUCCAUGACAUGCACACCGAAACGGUUCAGAAAUUGGAAGAGCAGAUCAAGCAGCUUAAGAAUUCCGAGGCAGAGCUUCAAACUCGCAUCACCGAUCUGGAGGCGGAGGCCUUGCUAUCCAAUGUCACCGAACAGAGCAAGAAUAUCAAUCAAUCGGAUCAAUUGAAAUUGGGUCAAGAGGAACUGAAAAAUGUCCUGGAGAAAUUAACCGAAUCGCAGCGUACUGUGCGUGAAUUGCGUUCCUCCAAUACCAAUUUGGCUGAAUCUCUCACCGCUGUGGAGGUUAAAUAUGCCAAUGAGAUGGUCUUGCAUUCGGCUGACAUACAAGAGUUGGCCAAAUUCAAGUCUGACUUCUUUAAGCUUCAAGAUGAACUGAAUGGUUUGAAAUCUGGUCGAGAAUCCCUGCAGACUGCCCACGAUGAGUUGGUAAAGGCCAAUGCGGAGGCCCAGAAACUGCUGGAUGAGGAGAAGGCCAACUCGGAGAGUCGUGUGGCUGAUCUAACUGCCCUCAAUUCCACACUCCAUGAUCAGAUUGAAGCUCUGACCACUAAAUUGGCGGCCAUUACACAAUCUGCAGCUAGUCUGAAUGAGUCAUCACUGCUAGAGCAGUCGUCCUCUCAAAUGGAUAUAUCCGAAGUUGUCUCUGGCGAGGAUAAUAAGAAUAAUGAACAACUCCUGAACAUUAUUAAAUUCUUGCGCAAAGAAAAAGAUAUAUUUGCAGCUAAGUUGGAUAUAUUGAAGGCGGAGAAUGCUCGCCUUGUGUCGGAGCAUACAAUCCAGCAAAAGAAGGUGGAUGAAUUGAAUGGCUAUCUCAAUCAGGAGCGUUCCAAGAGUCAAACAGAUGUCAUAUCGGCCAACAAGCAUGAGGAAGUUCUGCGAAAGAUUGAGACACUGAAUGCCAUCACCGAUAGUAAUCGCAUCUUGAGGGAGGAGCGCAACAAUUUAACGCGUCGUGUUACCGAAUUAACGGAUCGCAUUAGCAGUGUGGAGAAGGAACUAUUCCCGCUGCAAUGCAGCAACAAGGAACUAACCUCAAAGAUCGAAGAGCUCAAUGUGGAGAACACUUCGCUGCGCACCGAAGCUAUUAAAUGGCGUCAACGUGCCAAUGCUCUGGUCGAGAAGAGCAAUCGGAAUCCCGAGGAAUUCAAACGUUUGCAGUCGGAGCGUGAGCAUCUGGCCAAGUUGUUGACCAGUGAGAAAGAACUAUGCCGCAAGCAACAGGAGGAGGUGACACAACUGAAGACACGCCUUGACACCGAAGUCAACAACAUGGUCAAGGCAAUGCACACCCAAAACGAGGCCAACAAGAAACUGACGGAUGAGGCGGUGGUUUUACGUCAGGCCAAUGGACGUCAGACGGCGGAAUUGAUGGAACUAAAGAAUCGCCUGCUCCAGAAGGAGGAGCAACUGAUGAAGGCCAAUGAAGAUUUGGAGACAAAAGAUAAGGCCAUACAGGACAAGGAUACCAAGGAGCUGCAAUUGCGUAAAUUGGCCAAACGCUACAAGGAUUACUAUAUGGGUCUGCAGGCGCAAACGGGACAGACAGCCGAUACCAUCAGCGAACUGGAGAAGGUACGCUCCGAACUGGAUGAAGUUAAUGGCCAACUGAGAGCCUGCAAGGAGGAUCAAGAGAAGUUGACCCAGGCGAAUGAAGAGCUUAAGAAACGCGUCGAACCGCAAACAGAUGCAGCCAAUGCGGCAGUGCGUCAAGAGUAUAAGGCCAAAUUGGAUAAACUGGUGCUCGAUCUAACUGUGGCACGUACGGAUCUCGCCAAUCAAGAGACUAGCUUUGCCGGCACCCGGACCGUUUACGAUGAAAGCAUUGCCCGCCUGGAGAAGGAACUGCAGGACACUAUAACGGCCAAUAAGGAAGUUAAUUUAAGAUUAACCCGCGAAAAUGAAGCCCUUCACAUGCGUGUCAAUCAAUUGACUCGCCAAUUGGGCACCCAACAAUCCACCAAACCAUCGACCAGCUCAGUGGCUGAAAAGGGUAACAUUUCGGACUCCUCGCCGCGUACGGCCAAUGUUAAACCCAUGUCGGGAUCGGCCAUGGCCACGGUGCAGCAAUCGGCCACGGUUCAACCAUGGCGUGGCGGAGAAACCCCCUUGGCCAGUAUUAGACCCAUUUCGCUGCAAAAUAGAACUGCUGCCAUCUUGCCAACCAGUCAACAGCCCUCGGCGGGCAGUGCAUCCACCUCGACAUCAACAUCGACAUCGUCAUCAUCCUCGUCGUCAUCGUCGUCGACAUCGACAACCACUUCAUCUGCUUCGGCCAGCAGUGGAAGCAGCUCAGCUGUAGCAAACACAGCAUUGGUUCCGCCCCAGCAACAAGUUCAUACCACAGCAGGCAGUGCCGCCUUGGAAUCAAUGGCUUCCUCUUCGCCCACAUCUUCGCAUACGGAUUACAUGCCGUCGACAAGCUCGGCAGCUGUUGCCGUGGCCGCCAUUCCUCCAAUGGGCGCAAGUUCCGCCGCCGAGAGCUCUCAGGAAGCGGAGAGUAUUCAACACUCACAGCAAAAUGAUUCACAAUUGUUUGCCGGUGGCAGUGGGGCACAACAGCAGGUGGUUGCCCUGGUGUCACCCAGAGUAGAGGGAUCUUCGUCCACAUCCACGUCGACUUCUACGGCAAGCAGUGCUACAAGUGCUACAGUGCCAAGUGUCCAGCAGGAUGCCUCAACACAACAACAACCCAGCACUUCGGGCAGCAGUAGCAGCUCCUCCACUGUGGUCAGUAGUCACAGUCGUCACACACCCUCCAGCAGUAGUGUGACCACAACUCAGGCUGUAAAGCGACCCCGGGAUGUCGAGGGUGACUCAUCCACCAAUGCGGAUGGGGAAGGUGUUCCCGAGAAAAUGGCCAAGUUGACCAAACGAUUGCGUGCUCCGAUGCACAGUGGGGAACUAUCGGCUGGACAUAUUGGUGACUCUGGCAUGGAUGUGGAUCAAAUGCCAACAUCGUCUCAGCGUGAUCAGGAAGAUGAGAUACAGGUUGUGGAUUCGGACGAUGAGGAGGAGGAUGCUCUGGUUGAAGGCGAUGCCAUUGAUGGCGGCGAAGCGGAACAGGUGGGCUAUGAGGAUUCCUAUGAACAGGAUAAUGAUAUGAUGGAUGACAAUGAGAAUGGCGAUGAUGAGCAUGUAAUGGCCGCCGAUGCCCAGGAUAACAAUGAGGUGGACAUUGAAGAGACCCAGCAACAGCAGUUGGAAGCCCAGGAGGAGAGUCAACUUCUGGAUAGUCAAGCGGUGGCCGCCGUUGCUGCCUCAGUUUCCAAUCAGGAGAAUAACCAGAGCCAAGCCAUUACCAGUGGCAGUGGCGAGUCUUCCAAUCCGGCUGCUUCAACCUCAUCCUCUGCUGCUUCUGCUCGUCGCAAUGAGAGUGGUUCAGUAGAAAUUGUCAGCUCAGUUGAACAGCCCGUGGCAGGAGUCGAAGUUACGGGAGCACAGGCCAAAGAUGUGCCCGAGGAGAGUGCUGGUACCAGUUCCGUCGAUGCCGGCACAUCUUCUGCAGUGGCUAGCUCACCACAAAAGACAAGCGAGGCAGUCGGUGGAGGAGCUGGCGAAGGCAAUGUAAACGAAGCCAAUAAACUGCCCGAUAUGAGCGCCGCUGCCUCAACUGGAGCAGAGCAUAAUGCCAGCGAAGCCGACGAAGCAUUUGCCGAGGAAACAGAAUCCACCCAGGCGGAAGAGUCCCAACAGCAAGCAAAUGAAAAUCAAAAUGUUGGCACUAGCCAAUCAUCCGAGGUCUCUGAGAAUCAGGGAAAUCAGGGCGAUAAUCCAGCUGAGGAAAACGAAGGUACCGAUGGCGUCUCCUCCGAGGGCGAGAAACAGGCUGUCGAAGUGGAGGAAGAGGGACGCGAAGCGGAAGCCACUUCACCCUCAGAAAAUACACGCUAUCGCACUUUGCGCAGUGGCGUACCCACGAGACGAGGCGGUCGUUCCAUGAAUCGUGGCAACACGGCCACCAAUCCGAAUCGACCACCUCGCAUUGUCUACGGUGAGAGUUCUCCAGGCGUCAGUAUGCGUCAGGAUCAGGGUGGACCAAAUAAUCGCAUUUUCGCUCCCCGCACUCGCAGUCGGCGUCCCCUCCGUCGACCAGCUCCCAACAACUUCAACAAUGGCGGACGCUACCAAUAGGCCGAGUUAUUAACGCCCGGCGAGUCGGCAAUAGGCUGACUUUAAUCAACGCACAUUCAUAUUAUUAUUGGUAGCUCUAAGGCAUCGUGAAAAACUAAAACUGACUUAAGAUUUUUAUUCUAUCGUCAUCAUAAAUACAUUAAAUUACUCAAUAAAUUACAAUUAAUCAAUGAGA